UCUUCCUUCCUUCUUCCUCCCCUUCCUUCCUCCCUUUCCCUCUUUCUUUCUUUCUUUCCCUUCCUUUUCUCUUUUCCCUUCCUUCUUUCUCUCUUUCCCUCCCUUCCCUGGCUGGCUCUGUGGGGCUUUGGGGGUCCCUGCCUGCCUGCCCCCGAAUGGCCCCCGGGGCCAAGGCAGGGGAGGCCCCCUGGUCCUGGAGAAGGAGAAGGCCCCUGGCUCUUGCCCUUGCUGCUCUUCCUUGAGGGGCUCCUGGAGAGAGAGGGGCCAUGCCCCCCGAAAUGCCCGGGCGCUGCUGGGCAUCAUCGGGUGCCGGGCGAGCAGCCAAGGAACCGAGGGAGAGGAGCAGGAGGAGGAGGCAGAGCUGAAAGCAGGGACCCCAAGAAACACCCCCCCCCCCCCAAAAAGAAGAAGACCCCGGAGACUUUUCCUGGAGCGCCGAGGCCGCUAGAGGACCGGGCUGCUGCUCCGGAGGACGAGGAGCCUUCGGGACCCUUGGAGCCCUCCAGCCUGGCUGCUUUUGGAUUACUUGGCUCCCCCAGGACUACUACUACUUCUCCUCCUCCUCCUUGAACCUGGACUACUACUACUACUUCUCCUCCUUCUUCUCCUGGGAGACUUACCUCACCUCCACCUCGACCUCAGGACUGUAGUACAGAGAAUAAGGCAGCAACAAUGCCAGACUCACCAGCUGACGUGAAGACGCCAUCCCGAUCCACGCCACCCAACAUGCCACCGCCUUCGCCAGCUGCCACGCAGGGAGUGACACGACAUCCCACCUUUACACCAAACCCCAAUCGAGAUGCUGGGCUGCCGAUGUUUCUGCCCCGCGGCCGUUUUCAUGGUUGCUUGAAAUGGUCCAUGGUGUGUCUCUUGAUGAAUGGAAGCAGCCACUCUCCGACAGCGAUCAACGGGGCACCAUCCACCCCCAAUGGCUUCAGCAAUGGCCCUGCAACCUCUUCCACCGCCUCCCUCUCCAACCACCAACUCCCUCCGGCCUGUGGCGCCCGGCAGCUCAGCAAGCUCAAGCGUUUCCUCACCACUCUGCAGCAGUUUGGCAACGACAUCUCUCCCGAGAUUGGGGAGCGCGUCCGCACCUUGGUGCUCGGCCUUGUGAAUUCCACGCUGACCAUUGAAGAAUUCCAUUCCAAGCUCCAGGAGGCCACCAAUUUCCCGCUGCGUCCCUUCGUCAUCCCGUUCUUGAAGGCCAACCUGCCAUUGCUGCAGCGUGAGCUUCUCCACUGUGCCCGAAUGGCCAAGCAGACACCUGCCCAGUACUUGGCACAACAUGAGCAGCUUCUCCUGGAUGCCAAUGCCUCCUCUCCCAUCGACUCCUCAGAAUUGCUUCUGGAAGUCAAUGAGGGGGGCAAGAGGAGGACGCCAGACAGCAGGACCAAAGAGAAUGGCUUGGAGCGGGACCCUCUGCACCCGGAGCAUCUCAGCAAAAGGCCGUGCACCAUGAGCCCGGCCCAGCGCUACAGCCCCAGCAAUGGGAUCAGCCACCAGCCCAAUGGGCUUCCCCACCCGACCCCUCCACCUCCCCAGCACUACCGCCUUGAAGACAUGGCCAUCGCGCACCAUUACCGGGACACCUACCGGCACCCAGACCCCCGGGAGCUUCGAGAGCGCCACCGCCAAGCUGCUGUGCACAGUACCAGGCAAGAAGAAGUGAUUGACCACAGGCUAACGGACAGAGAAUGGGCCGAAGAGUGGAAACACCUCAACAAUCAGCUCCUGAACUGCAUUAUGGACAUGGUGGAGAAGACCCGCCGUUCACUCACUGUCCUGCGCCGUUGUCAGGAGGCAGACCGUGAGGAACUCAACCAUUGGAUCCGCCGCUAUAGCGAUGCCGAGGACAUGAAGAAGGGGGCCAGCCCUGCCACUCGUCCCCACAACAGUACGGCCAACACAGAGGCUCCCCCUAUAGAUGCUCAUCGCGAAUUUGCAUCCAGGCCUCUGUCUGGCUACAUGCCGGAGGAAAUCUGGCGGAAAGCUGAAGAAGCUGUGAACGAAGUCAAGCGACAGGCCAUGUCCGAGCUCCAGAAGGCUGUCUCCGAUGCGGAACGCAAAGCCCAUGAGCUGAUCACGACGGAGCGUGCCAAGAUGGAGCGUGCCCUGGCCGAAGCCAAGCGCCAGGCCUCGGAGGACGCCCUGACCGUCAUUAACCAGCAGGAGGACUCCAGUGAGAGCUGUUGGAACUGCGGGCGCAAGGCGAGCGAGACCUGCAGUGGAUGCAACACGGCCCGCUACUGCGGAUCUUUCUGCCAGCACAAAGAUUGGGAGAAGCACCACCAUGUCUGUGGGCAGACGCUCCAAGGACUCCAGGCCGCGGCAGCAAGCGGAGCACCAUCUUCCGCAGGGAUUGGCAUGACGGUGGCGUCAACACAACCGGACGUGGUGGCCGGGGCAACCUCCAUCGCCGCCGUGUCUGUUGUGGCAGGGAGCCCCAGUGAUUCCAGCUCAACCGCAGCUUCACGUUCUGGGACGCCGGCCACACCGGUUCCUCUGGACACUGCGUCUCGCUAAGACAGACCGGAGAGGGAAAAAGGAAACCGGGAAACUGACCAAGAAUAGUUGCCGCUUCUUCUUCUGCUGCUGCUGCUGCUGCUACCAGUUCUCUCCAAAUGAAAAAUAAAAAUAUAAAAGACACAAAACUGCAUUGAAUGCAAAUCCUCAGCUACCUGACACGUAUUUGACCUCCAAAACGACCUCUAUCUCUCACACGAAAUCCUCAUGACUUCUCAAAAACCUGGGCUUUAAGUGGAGUUAAGGGGAAAAAAACCCAACCUGCUCCGUUCACUUGUCAAUUUUUUAAAAAUACUUAUGAUGAUGAUGACGCUGAUGAUGCUAAUGACGAUACGUCUUACCAAUAUGAUUUGGGGGAAUUUAUGAUUUGAUUUUGAUUAUUAUUUUUUCGGAUGAGGAAUUUGUCUGCAGGUAUACAGUAUAUACCGCACAUCUGGACUCAGGGGUCGGGGAAGGACGCCACGAAAGACGAUAACUUCCGUCUGCAUUUCUGCCGGAGAUGUGUUCAAGAAAAAGACGUGAAAGGAGUGAACGGAGGGAAAAACAAAAAAACUUUUCCCUGAAAGGAGAAAAGGAAAGAAGGCAGAGGAAUAAGCAUUUUUUUUUAAAGAGGUAAACCAUUUCAGUUACAAAAAGCAAGAUCUUUUUUUUCUUUUUUGUAAAAAAAAUGAAUAAAAAUAAACCAUAAAAACAUCAAA